AUGUCUCCCAGCGCCGUCGCCGCCAAAAAGGCUUACAGCAUCGCCUCCAUCCCCGCUGAUGGCAUCGGCCCCGAGGUCAUCGAGGCUGGCAUUGAGGCAUUGAACGCCCUUGCCGAUGCUCUUCAGACUUUUGAGCUCAACUUUACUCACUACGAUUGGAGCUCCGACACUUACAAGAAGACGGGGAAGUAUAUCCCAGAUGGUGGUCUGGAGCAACUCAAGAACCAUGACGCCAUUCUCUUUGGUGCCGUAGGAGCGCCUGAUGUUCCUGAUCACAUCUCUCUUUGGGGUCUCCGUCUCGCCAUUUGCCAGCCCUUCCAGCAGUACGCCAACGUGCGACCAACGCGAGUCCUCAAGGGCACCCAGUCCCCUCUGCGCAACUGCAAGACGGGUGAUCUCGACUGGGUCAUCAUCCGCGAGAACAGCGAAGGCGAGUACGCCGGCCAAGGUGGCCGCUCUCACCGCGGUCAGCCCUGGGAGACUGCCACUGAAGUCGCCAUCUUUACCCGACACGGCGUGUCGAGACUGAUGCGCUUCGCCUUUGAGACGGCGCAGAAGAGACCUCGCAAGCUUUUGACUGUUGUCACUAAGAGCAAUGCUCAGAGGAAUGGUAUGGUUCUGUGGGAUGAGGUUGCUGCUGAUGUCGGAAAGGAGUUUCCUGAUGUCACAGUGGACAAGAUGCUGGUGGAUGCCAUGACGACGAGGAUGGUGUUGAAGCCCGAGAGCUUGGAUACAAUUGUAGCAUCCAACCUGCACGCCGAUAUCCUCUCAGAUCUGGCCGCCGCCCUCGCUGGCUCAAUCGGCAUCGCCCCAACCAGCAACCUCGACCCAACCCGUCAAAACCCCUCCAUGUUCGAGCCCAUCCACGGCUCCGCCUUUGACAUUACUGGUAAGGGCGUCGCCAACCCCGUAGCAACCUUCUGGACGGCCGCCGAGAUGCUGGCCUGGCUCGGCGAGGAGGAGGCGUCUACCAAGUUGAUGGAGGUUGUCGAGACGGUGUGCGCCUCGGGAGUCGUCACACAGGAUCUUGGUGGAAAGUCGACUACCAAGGAGGUUACGGAGGCUGUGGUGGCAGAGAUUAAGAAGAGCCUGGGUAAGGCGUCCAAGUAG